AUGAAAAUCCUGUACUUUCUUUCUAUACUGCUUUGGCACUUUAGUUGGUUUUAUCUGGUUUUCCUUUCCUUAAUACUGAAUCCUGCUGCAGCAAGUCAAGGUAACCCAGGGAUCAAAUUAGGAUUGUCUAAAGUAGAUGGAAAAGAGAGGCAUCCAUUGCCAAGGACAGGUACUUUUAGAACGGGGAGCCUUGAAUAUAAUGCUGGCAAUUCCAAGUCUAAGACAAGAAGUAAUAUUGCUCAAGCUGGAGCGCUCUUGGCAAAGACUGAUGAUUCAAAGAAGACUCUGUCUAAAGCAGGGAGUACAGACAAACAUGUAGGACGUACUUCAGAUAGACAGCCAGGAAUAAGGACGGUGACUCCAAAGGUUCAGAAUUUUGGCCCUAAGGCCCCAUUGAAAAAAUCUGGCACUGGGAAUUCAGAUAGUUCCUACAAACCCAAAACAAUGAAAGAACCUAUUACCCAAAGGGAAUCUAAAGAGGCGUUCAGACAUCCUGCUGUCACCCCACAUGAAUAUAUGCUUGCCUUAUACCGAGCUCUUUCUGAUGCAGAACGGAAAGGUAUCAAUGGAAGUAUGAAAUUGGAGAUGGGACUUGCCAAUACUAUUAUAAGCUUCAUAGACAAGGGACAAGAUGAUCAAGCUUCAGUUAAAAAGCAAAAAUACAUUUUUGAUAUCAGUGCGUUAGAGAAAGAUGGUUUACUAGGGGCAGAAUUGCGGAUUUUAAGGAAAAAACCUGAUAUCUGGAAGCCUCAUUCUCCUGAGAAAACUUGUCAAGUGAAGCUAUUCAGUUGCUCUACAAGCAGGCAAGCAUCCAUUCUCUUGGAGUCUCGAACAAUCAACAUCUUAGAUACAGCAAAAUGGGAAGUUUUUGACAUUUGGAAAUUGUUUAGGAACUUUAAAAACUUUGCUAACUUGUGUUUUGAACUGGAGGCUUUUGAAAGGGGGAGGCCUAUUGAUUUAAGGAUUGUGGGAUUUAAUAGAACAGGGAGGCAAGUCAAUGAAAAAGCUAUUUUUUUAGUAUUUGGUAGAACAAAGAAAAGAGACUUGUUCUUCAACGAAAUAAAAGCCAGAUCUGGCCAAGAUGACAAAACUGUUUAUGAAUACCUAUUCAGUCAAAGAAGAAAGAGAAGGGCUCCUCUAGCAACUCGACAAGGAAAGAGGCCAAACAAGAAUUUGAAGGCAAGGUGUAGCAAAAAACUACUCCAUGUGAAUUUUAAGGAUAUGGGUUGGGAUGACUGGAUAAUAGCUCCUCUUGAAUAUGAAGCGUAUCAUUGUGAAGGACUUUGUGAAUUUCCUCUUCGGUCUCAUCUAGAACCCACCAAUCAUGCUGUUAUCCAAACGUUAAUGAACUCUAUGGAUCCAGAAUCAACACCUCCUACUUGUUGUGUUCCAACAAGGCUGAGUCCUAUUAGCAUUUUGUUUAUUGAUUCUGCUAAUAAUGUAGUUUAUAAACAAUAUGAAGACAUGGUGGUAGAGUCAUGUGGCUGUAGGUAG